AUGCCGAGGGGCUUCCUGGUGAAGCGAACUAAACGGACGGGCGGCUCUUACCGAGUGCGCCACGCCGAGCGGGUCCUACCUCCACUGGGGCCCCAGGUGGCGCCUCCCGCUCCCGCCGAGGUUCCCAGCGCCUCCCUGCCGGGUGCAGAGCGCGCGAAUCCCCACGCCGAGGGGCGGACGGCGGAGACAGCUCAGGAACUGUCUGGAUUGCCCUGUCGGGCUGCGGGGGUGAGCCCGGGGGCGGGCGGGCGGGAAGGCCUGGAGUGGAGGGCCGAGAACUCGGAGGGCCCGGGGCCCAGCCGCAGCCCCACGAAGCCUGCGGGGGCUGAGCUCCGCCGCGCGUUCCUGGAGCGCUGCCUCAGCUCGCCGGCGUCCGCGGAGUCCUUUCCCGGGGGCACCGCCGCCCUGGCCACCUUCUGCUCGGGGGCGCCGGCCGCGGCGCCUUCCCCAGCGGAGUCAUUCCUGCUGCCGCUCCGGGCGCCAUUCCCGGAGCCCGCGCUCCAGCCGGAGCCCGCACUCCUCCCGGCCGCCUUGCACGGCUUAAAGCGGGCGGCGGCCGGCGAGCGCCGCGUCAAGCUGCCUGCGGGCUGCCCGCCUGGACCAGCGGCUGCGGGCAUCAAGAAGCCAAAGGCCAUGAGGAAGCUGAGCUUUGCCGACGAGGUGACCACGUCCCCGGUCCUGGGCCUGAAGAUCAAGGAGGAGGAGCCGGGGGCGCCGUCCCGGGCCCUGGCGGGCAGCCGCACGCCGCUGGGGGAGUUCAUCUGCCAGCUGUGCAAGGAGCAGUACGCGGACCCCUUUGCGCUCGCCCAGCACCGCUGCUCCCGCAUCGUGCGCGUCGAGUACCGCUGCCCCGAGUGCGACAAGGUCUUCAGCUGCCCAGCGAACCUCGCCUCCCAUCGCCGCUGGCACAAGCCACGUCCGCAAGCUGCAAGUACAGUCUCCUCCGCCGACGGGAAGCCGCCCCCGUCGUCUUCGUCCUCCCCAGAUUCUGGCUCCAUGGCGCCUUUCCUGGCCGAAGGAAAGGAGAAUAGCCGGGCCGAGCGGACUGAGGAUCAGCACUUGCAGGCGAAGGACAGCUCCAGGGAGGAUCAGCACCAGGACAGCGACCCACGCCUAGGCCUCUCGGGGCUACCAGCCUUAGAGCAGCUAUCCGUGCCUCCGGCUCCUUUCACCGAGGGAGUGUUGGGGCGUCGGGUGCCUGGGGCAGGUAGUGCCAGUGGUGGCGGGGGAUCCGAAAUCUUCGUGUGCCCGUAUUGCCACAAAAAGUUCCGUCGCCAAGCCUACCUGCGCAAACACCUGGGCACUCAUGAGGCAGGUUCGGCUCGCGCACUGGGCCCCGGCUUUGGCUCUGACCGCAGGGCCCCACUCGCCUUCGCCUGCCCCUUGUGUGGGGCGCACUUCCCGUCCGCAGAUAUCAGAGAGAAGCACCGGCUGUGGCACGCUGUCCGCGAGGAGCUGCUUCUGCCUGCUCUGUCUGGGGCUCCUCCCGAAGCCCCGGGCCCUGGAGGGGCAUCUGACGGAAGUGCGCAGCAAAUUUUCUCCUGCAAGCACUGCCCGUCCACUUUUUUUAGUUCCCCGGGACUGACCCGGCACAUCAAUAAGUGCCACCCCUCAGAAAACCGCCAAGUAUUGUUGCUGCAGAUGCCAUUGCGGCCUGGCUGCUGAGGUGCAAGAAACCAGGACGCUGUCAAGGCUGGCCUCGGAGAAAACGAAUCAUGGGAACUUCUAUGGGGCUUUGUUCAACUUGCAAGUUUUACUUUUUCUUUGCCAUGUUUUCCCCUCCUAAAACUCUCCUAAUAGUCAGUGUCCCACCAGGGGAGACCAGGUACGUAUAUGCCAUAACCAUUCAUGGUCGAAGACUCUCAGCUGUAAAACCCCUUUCACUUUCCCCACUAAAAUAGGAUUUCCCCCCUCAAAACUCUGGAGACCCUAACGAAUCCUAUAUGAUUUGUAAUUCCUAUGGAAAGUCACAGUGAAUGCGUGCAUGUCUCAGUGUCUACAAAGGUUCUGGCUACCAAAAGUGGUAGUCACAUUUUGUUGUUUUCUCUUGCCAUCACAGGCGCCUAUGUAGUUUCUGUCUCAAUAGGGUCAGAUAUCUUGCAUUGUAUAUUCUGUGAAUUUAAAGUUAUGUGGUUGGUGCCAAACUUACAGGGGGGAAAAGACUCAAGUCCUGUGUCCAUGGGCAGGGAAUUUAAAAAGAUGUUUGCUAUUCUUGAGGGUAUGAGAAUUUUCCCUCAAACAUUUUAAUGAAAUGUUAUAGUCGAUUCUUACAUUAGUUUUUGGACAGGGAGGGUGUUAUUUUACUGGAAGGAGCCACCCUCCAAAGUCUUACCUUUGGCUAUUUUGUGUGCAGUAUUCAGGAAGAGCUACUUUAAAUCUGUUUACAUAGCUUUUUAGAAAUACUAAUUUUUUUCCUUAAAUCUGUUUUAAAGGUUUCACCCCGUAUUAUUUAAUGUUUGUUGUAAAUCUCAUACUGUGUAUUAUGUAUGAAAUUAUGUUCAGCUUUUCAAGAUGUUAAUACCUGUAAUACAUGGAAUUGAAUGGCAAUUCCCUCAAUAUUCAGUAUUUUCUUUCUAGCAGAAACUUUUGAAUUUCUUUUUGUAAACUGUAUUCAGUGUACUCUGUACCCAUUCUCUUCAUACUGAGUUUGGGGCACUGGCCGAACAUUGCUUGACAGAUAGCUUGGAUCUGUAAGACGCGUACCACCAAAUAAAUGUACUAUAGACUGC